AGUCCUUUGCACCGGAAAGGGCGCUUUAUGGCUUGCUUGCUUUGCCCCAGAAUUACCUCUAUAGAGUCUAGCUCCGUGAAACCCCAUUUCUCACGGAGGUGAUCUCAAUUCGUAAACCAGCCUCCCAACGCUGAUUUCCAUCUCUGGGGCUUCACAGACAGCGGCAGAAGUGGUUACCGGCCUAGGACAGCCGAGACCCCUCACCCAUUGCUGCCGUAACAGCCAUGACAUCGUCGAUGCUCCCUUCUAGGAUGCCUGUCUUCCCCCCCGCCCUCCGUGCCCAGAGGGUCCGGCAACGAUGGGAUAGCAGCAUACCAACACCGCUUCGACCUCUAGCCCGCGCCUACUUGUUGGCCUAUGUAUCUGUCGUUGCACCAAGGAUCGUGUCAUUGCUAGCCCGUCGGUUGGCGAGAGCGUAUCAACGCACUGCAAAGGCAGCAGAUCGGGGCCCGCAGGCUCCAUUCUUAGUAUCCCUGAGGCGUAUCCUCAGCGACGCCCUCCAUUGGCAACGUUUUCCCACCUUCUGUGCCGUCUUGAUUGGCGGGAGCACCUGGCUGGAGGCUCCCCUCCAGAAGGUCUUCUCCCUGUUGACCGAGAGUCUCUCCGAUGUGUCACGCAGAAGACUCGCAAGAUGGUGCGCCUCGUUCAUCGCUGCCUGGUUUGGCCUGCGGCUCCUGCAGUCCAGAAAGAGUGCGAGCUUUUCCGAGACUGUGGUUGUCAAGUCGGAUACUCCGCCCGGAGCCAAGGCCCAGACCGUCAGGUACGGCGGCCGAACCCUGGACCUGUCUCUCUUCGCCGCAACCCGAGCCUUGGAUGUCGUAGUGGGCGAGCUCUGGUCCCGCCGUCGAGCCAGGCGGAGAGCGGCCGGGACGUGGACCAAGGUCGAGACGGCCAUCUCCCGCCUCACCGACCCGGGCGUGUUUGCGUUGUCCAGUGGGCUGGUCAUGUGGGCUUGGUUCUACAGCCCGGAGCGUCUACCUUACACAUAUAACAAGUGGAUUUCUUCGGCAGCUGCCGUCGACUCCCGUCUUAUCGAGGCUCUCCGUCGUUGCAAGACAGGCGAGUUGCGAUACGGCGAGGACACCGGCCAGGCUCCCCUUCUGCAGGGCAUGUGUGCCGAUCACAAAUGGCCACUAGCUUGGGGAGAUCCGGCCAAGGCAAUCCCAUUCCCCUGCGAGAUGGUUCACAUGGGAUGCGGACCCUCCUGUGAGGUCCAUGCCAUUUCCCGAUUUGGACGUUCCUUCCUCUGGGCCAUGGGGACUUAUCUACCCCUGAACCUGCUCCUCGUUAUGCGGAGUCCGAACAGAAAGGGUCUCGCAAGGGCAUUGUUCUCGGCCGUAAGAUCCUCGACCUUCCUAGGCACCUUCAUUACUCUCUUCUACUACGGCGUGUGUCUGGCUCGGACAAGGGUCGGCCCCCUUGUCCUGGGGAAGAAGACUCCGUCGAGGCAGAAGAUCGACAGCGGCAUAUGUGUGGGGUCCGGAUGUCUCCUCUGUGGCUGGAGCAUCCUAAUCGAAUAUGCCAAUCGGAGAAAGGACAUGGCCCUCUUCGUUGCGCCUCGGGCUCUGGCGACACUCCUACCCCGGCGGUACCCCUUGGAUAAGCAGUGGCGCGAAACCCUCGUCUUUGCUUUCAGUACCGCAAUCGUGUUCACUUGCGUUCGAGAGAACAAGGGACGUGUCCGCGGCGUUAUGGGGAACGUCCUGGGAACCGUCUUGGAGGCCUAACUUCGACCUUGAUUUCGGGGUGUAUGAACUGCCUCGUGUGUUCCUGGACUUUUUGCAAGAACACAGAUGGUUGGCUCCGGCCUUGGCAGGACGUCACAUUUGAAGACAGCCUUUUUGAUGAGAUGGGCGGCCCAUGCAUUUGGGGUUGCACAACUCCUGCUUUGGGAUGUGGGAUGUCUUCAUAUGGAGAGGAACAUGUUGCCAGCACGCGGAGAUCUAUCGAUUGUCUCGCACAUCGGGUUUAUAGAUAAGAAGAUUCACUGUAUAUUAGAUUGGUAAUUGAAGAGCAUAUCUAAUUCAUAGCAAGAAACUUGUGUCAUUUGCACAUUGGGUU